GCUGCAAUGGUGACAUAAAUUAUUAAGCAGGACUAGAACAAGUUGUUGAAAAGUUGUGGUUUUUUUUAAUGCUGCUGCUGUUGGAAGCAAUCUAAGGCAAGUAUACAACAUGAGUUUUAUCAUGAAACUUCACAGACAUUUUCAAAGAACAGUUAUCUUGCUUGCCACUUUUUGUAUGGUGAGCAUUGUUAUUUCUGCUUACUAUUUGUAUAAUGGCUACAAACAGGAAAAUGAACUUUCUGAGAUCUCUUCGGAAUUGGAAUGUGGUGAUCUUCAGCUGUUGCCAUACAAGUUAAUGGAGCUGAAGACAGUGAAGCCCAUUGAUCCCAUUCGGACUGAUCCCGUAGUGCUGGUGUUUGUGGAAAGCCAGUACUCAACACUUGGUCAAGAUAUAAUAACAAUUCUAGAAUCCAGCAGAUUUCAGUAUCACAUAGAGAUUGCUCCUGGGAAAGGUGAUCUUCCAGUGCUUAUAGACAAAAAUAAAGGCAAAUAUGUUCUCGUUGUAUAUGAAAAUAUUUUAAAGUAUGUGAAUAUGGACUCAUGGAACAAAGGCCUUCUAGAUAAAUACUGUAUUGAAUAUGAUGUGGGUGUCAUUGGAUUCCAUAAGGGCAGCGAGAACAGCUUGCAGAACAUUCAGUUUAAGGGCUUUCCUUUCCAUGUUCAUGGCAAUCUGGGUGUUAAGGACUGUUGUGUUAACCCUCAUUCCCCAUUGCUUCAUGUAACUAAAUCCUCUAAGCUUGAUAAAGGUCCCUUGCCUGGAAAUGACUGGACAGUUUUCCAGAUUAAUCAUUCAGCCUAUCAACCAGUGAUAUUUGCAAAAAUAAAGACUACAGAAAACCUCCCACUACCCAUCACUAAAAAUGCUCUCCAUGCCACAGUAGUUCAUGACUUGGGGCUUCAUGAUGGGAUUCAGAGAGUCCUCUUUGGCAACAACUUGAACUUUUGGCUGCACAAGCUGAUCUUUAUAGAUGCCAUCUCUUUUCUGUCUGGGAAAAAGCUCACAUUGUCCUUGGACAGGUACAUUCUUGUUGACAUAGAUGACAUCUUUGUUGGGAAGGAAGGAACAAGGAUGAAUGUCAAUGAUGUGCAGGCCCUGCUUGAUACGCAAAAUCUUUUGAGAGCUCAGAUUACAAAUUUUACUUUCAAUCUGGGAUUUUCAGGGAAAUUUUACCACACAGGAACUGAAGAGGAGGAUGAAGGUGAUGACCUGUUGUUGGGGUCUGUGGAUGAGUUCUGGUGGUUUCCCCAUAUGUGGAGUCACAUGCAGCCUCAUCUCUUCCAUAAUGAAUCAUCACUGGUGGAGCAGAUGAUUCUCAACAAAAAAUUUGCCUUAGAACAUGGCAUUCCAACUGACAUGGGCUAUGCGGUAGCUCCGCACCACUCUGGGGUUUACCCUGUACAUGUUCAGCUUUAUGAGGCCUGGAAAAAGGUCUGGAAUAUCAAAAUCACCAGCACAGAAGAGUAUCCACAUCUAAAACCUGCACGGUACAGACGGGGCUUCAUCCACAAAAAUAUCAUGGUCCUUCCUAGGCAAACCUGUGGUCUAUUCACUCAUACAAUUUUCUAUAAGGAGUAUCCUGGAGGUCCAAAAGAACUAGACAAGAGUAUCCAGGGAGGGGAGUUGUUUUUCACAGUUGUUCUUAAUCCAAUCAGCAUCUUCAUGACCCAUUUGUCCAACUAUGGGAAUGAUCGCCUGGGGUUGUAUACCUUUGUGAAUCUAGCCAACUUUGUUCAGAGCUGGACCAACCUGAAACUGCAAACUCUGCCUCCAGUCCAGCUGGCUCACAAGUACUUUGAGCUCUUUCCUGAGCAGAAGGACCCUCUCUGGCAGAAUCCCUGUGAUGACAAGCGGCACAGAGAUAUCUGGUCUAAAGAAAAAACCUGUGAUCGAUUACCAAAAUUCUUGGUUAUAGGACCCCAGAAAACUGGUACCACAGCUUUGUAUUUGUUCCUGAUUAUGCAUCCUUCCAUCAUUAGUAACUCCCCCAGCCCAAAAACCUUUGAGGAGGUACAGUUCUUUAAUAGAAAUAACUACCACAGGGGGAUUGAUUGGUAUAUGGAUUUCUUCCCUGUACCAUCCAAUGUCAGCACUGACUUUCUCUUUGAAAAAAGUGCCAACUACUUCCAUUCUGAGGAAGCUCCCAAACGAGCAGCUUCCCUGAUCCCUAAGGCCAAGAUCUUCACCAUUCUCAUCGACCCAUCAGAUCGGGCAUACUCCUGGUAUCAGCAUCAGCGAUCUCAUGAAGACCUUGCAGCUCUAAAAUUUAGCUUCUAUCAGGUAAUCACAGCUGGACCUCGAGCCCCAUCAGAGCUUAGAGCUCUACAGAAGAGAUGUCUAGUACCUGGAUGGUAUGCCACCCAUAUAGAAAGAUGGCUAACUUAUUUCCCAACUUCUCAGUUGCUAAUUAUUGAUGGACAGCAGCUGAGAACUGACCCAGCUACCGUGAUGGAUGAAGUGCAGAAGUUUUUGGGAGUUUCUCCUCAUUAUAAUUACUCUGAAGCCCUAACGUUCGAUUCACAUAAAGGUUUCUGGUGUCAACUCCUGGAAGAAGGAAAAACCAAGUGUCUUGGAAAGAGCAAAGGCAGAAAAUACCCUCCUAUGGAUUCAGAGGGCUUUUCUGUCAAGCUACUACAGAGAUCACAAUGUGGAACUGUCAAAACUCCUGCACAAAUUGGGACAACCCCUGCCAUCAUGGCUGAGACAGGAACUACAGAAAGUGAGAUAGCAUUGAGAGGAAGCUUCUUGAAAUCUCUCUUCCAUACUUCAGUCAUCUUACCUAAAGCCUUCAAUAGCUACCAGAAGGCAGGUGUAAAAUAUACCUCUUCAAAAGAGAAUAAAAGAAUGAAGUUCUUUCCAUAUGCUGGCAUGUGGAUGGUGAAAAUGUUUGUGUCUCUUAGAACUAUGGAGGCCUGCAGGUUUUCUCUUCGGCAUUUCUGGGCCUGUGGAAUUGUUGUAAACUACUGUGCGCACAUGUGGAAGUCAAUAGUAACUGGUAUAAGCUUUAAAAGCAAAGCUACAUAACUGUCCAAUUUCAUAGUAAAUAUUUACACUUUUAUAUUCAAACUUAGGAGUGUUGUGUCUCAUGUAAGUUUUGUAGCCCAUUGUUUGCCUGCUCAUGAUUUUUCAUACUUUUUUAUUAUGUGUCUUAUACAAAACAAAAAACAAAACUAAGAAAACCCUGUAUAACACACAAUGGCCAGAUCUAUUCCUGCCUUUGGAAUCUGCUAACCAAAUUUUGAACUUAAAAUAAAUGAACACAGUUGAGGAAUACAAACACAUGUUGCUUAGGUGUAAACAAUAGGACAGAAUAUGUAUUGUGAGCCAAAUCCUGAAGCCACAGGCUAAAACACUGUAGCAAGAAAUGAUGUAAGAAAUGUGGCCCUGCUCUGUGAGGAGGAAACCAUAGUGUGCUGUGGAUCCCUUUCAAGUUCAGAAUCUAUGCUUUUAAAUACUGCAUCUCCAUACACAGUCUGCUGAAACAGCAACAGAAAAGGAAUAUAGACUAUUCUGAACAGAGACGACUAUAUGUUUAAGAAGAAAACUAAUUAGAUAUAUAAAGCACAAAGUUAAAAAAUAAAUUUACAUUGUAAUAAUCUGAGUGUUAAACUUAUAUGACUGUGAACCAAACCAUAGCACUGCAAUGAACAAAUGACUUGAGUAGAUCUUUCACACCUAGCUCCUGUGAGUUGCAAGUUAUGGGGCCUAGAUUCUGAUCUCACACUGCUGUAAAUGAGGAGUAACUCCGUGAAAUCAGUAGACUUAUAUCAGCGAAAAACUGGUGUGAGAACAGAAACAGACCUAUAUUAAGAUUGCCUUAAUUUACAAUAUAUCUUGUCCUGGUUUUUGGUGUGUUGAAUUUUAUGUAUUUAUUUGAUGUGUGUUUCCCAAAACUCCUCUUAUACUGACUGAAAAGUGGUGGCAUCUCUCAAUGCCUUCCAAUUUAAUACAUGCAAGUUGCAAAAACUUCUUUCCCAUGGGGGAUAUAUUUUUUAAAAGUUUUGUAAUUAAACAAAUGAGUAAGUUAAAUAAAAAUUAAUACAGUGUGCAGUCAUGAUAUAGAAUUAGGUUCCAGUACUGCAAACACGUAAGUAUAUGUUUAAGUUUACACAGUUAAACAGCACGCCAACUUAAACAUGUGAGACCAGGGCAUAAUUAUUAAUACUUCAAAAAAUUAGGAAAGAGAUCAUUAAAAAUAUGAGCCAAAUUUAGCCCUCAUGUUACUCCACUGAAAUAUGGCUCAAUGUGUUUUAAAAAUGCCCGACAGCUAAUGAAUAAAUACCCAAAGUCAAAAAAUGGGCAUGGUAGGUUACCCCUCCCUGCUCCCUAUGUAUACUAUUGUUCCAAAUGUGAUGCUUGGUUCCGUAACUACAUUCCCAAUAUUUGCUUUAAAAUGGGCAGUUAAAAAGUACAUCAAAUGGUGGAAAGCUUUUCUAUGUUUGUCAUAAACCAUACAAUUUAAUUUGUAUGGUAAUGGGAUGGAAACCAGUUUAUUGUUCACUAAAUAGAAAACAGAUGUUGAGAUCCGUAUUGUAAUUCUAACUUGUAACUUUUUUUACUCAUGGACUUUGUCUUUGUAAUACAUAAUUUUGAUAGGCCUGUAAAGAAAAAUAUCUAGGCAAAUUUGCUGUGUAUAAAGAUAUACAUUACUCAGCACAUUAUUGCAUAAAGGAGUAUGUAUGAUUAACAAAAAGGAUCUAGUAGAGUAGACAUUCUAUAAGUUGAACAUCAUAAUUAUUUACAGAAUGAAAAAAUCUUCUCACUUUCUGUCAUGUGCUUUAGGUCCAAAAUUUGACUUUUCUUAAAAUUCUUUUAAUUUAGUAAAAGAUGCCCUCUGGACUCUGAAUAACUACAAAAGAAAAAAUCCUUUUCAUGUGUAAACAAUUGAUGUGACAUGCAAAUGUCAGUAUGGAUUUGUAACAACUAAGAUGUUAAUGUUAAUCAUGGGGGAAAACACCUACUGUGAUGCUCUAGUAGCCCCACUGACUUCAAUAGGGUCCUUUCAUCCUUAGUGUACAACUGAUGUACCAUCACCAAAACAUUUAAAAAAAACCCAGAAAACACACACGAUUUUGUAGGGACUGCACAAAGCUUGUGUUUUUUGCUCUGGUGCUACAGUUACUCUGCUCUCUUUAAAGCAGCAAUUACAUAAGCAUUUUGGAGCCAGGUCAUGCUCCCAAGAUUGCUAUGAAGCUCCAUUUCAUCCCAAUUAUCAGGGGGUGUGGGGACUGUCAGGGGCACAGAGCACACGAUCUCCACAUUGAUUUCAGUGGGAGUUCUGCCUGAGUAAAUACUAUAAACAAAGUAUUUGGCCUUUUGUUCUCAGAAUUGUGCAUUGCACAGGGCCUGAUCCUGAAAUCCUUAUUGUUCAAAACUCCUAUUUUGACAAUGCCUGAGAAAAGUCCAGAGGAUCAAGCUCUUUAGCAUCAGCAUCUCCAGAUAGCAUUAACUUCUCGUGCACUAGAAAUAUGAUUGUGACACUUAAAAACAGUGGAUAGUAAAGGCAAAUUGAUAGUGUUCUUUGAGUUUACAAAGGUAUUUACUGCUGAUUUGCAGAUAUAUUUGGAGUGAAAUUUUUUGUAUGAGCCCUAAAAGAGAAUACAUGCACCUACCCAUAGUUUUUCCUCCGAAAUAUUCUGUUAAAAUAUGUUUUUACAAUAGUCAGCAAAAGCAUGUAAAAAAAAAAAAGUAAAAACUACAUUUAUUCAGGACCAACCAAGUUAGUUAUAACAAGGAGUCUCAGCAAGGCAUGCAGACUCCAGACUUUAUGUCAGUGGUUCUCAAACUUUUGUACUGGUGACCCCUUUCACACAGCAAGCCUCUGAGUGCGACCCCCCCUUAUAAAUUAAAAACACUUUUUAAUAUAUUUAACACCAUUAUAACUGCUGGAGGCAAAGCGAGGUUUAGGGUGGAGGCUGACAGCUCACAGCCCCCCAUGUAAGAACCUUGUGACCCCCUGAUGGGUCCCGAUCCCCAGUUUGAGAACCCCUGCUUUAUGUACAAUAGCUGGAACUGAAAAUAAUGGGAUACACGUGAGUAAAGCUGAGCAAGUAAUUCAUAAAAAAAUAUUUAUUUGACCAAGUUUAGCUUAUUUUAAGCUCAUCACUUAUCUACAAGCAGACUGCAGUUUCUUCAAAUGCAUUUUCAUAAAUAUCCUACCAAGUUUAAUGUGUUUUUUUAAUUUACUGUUUGAUUGUGAAACAUUUAUUGAAAAUAUUUGAUAGUCAGGCUUAGUUGAUUAGUUGUGAUUGGUAAAUGUGGUAAGAUUUUUGUUCCCUGGUUAGAUGAGUGUGCAAGGAAUUCCUAUACAAAUACUUGUCUGUGUGCAGUGUAACUUGUUUUCUGCAAAUACUCAUGCAUUUGACUUUGAAAUUUGCUUUCCACAAACAUCUGUGGUAAUAAAAUUCAAUGCAUGAUUGUUUGCAGAAAGUGAACAUAAAGGGGCAUAAAUUUAGGUGAUAUAAAUUCAUUUGACUGUUUCAAUAAACAUUCAUGAAAGUGCUACAGUAUUUUCCCAGCGCCACAUUUGAGAAAAGAAUGAGUUUAACUGAUUUGCAGGCUAGUUUGUACAGAAUACCCUUUUUCUUUGCUUAAAAAUGUGAAACUUCCUCAGGAAGAAAUUAAAUAGAUAUUUCAGUGUUUAUAGACGUAAUAUUCUUGUCAUUCACAUUGAAUGAAAAUUUCUGGAAACAUUUUUCUCAAAGUUUUUUAAAAUUAAAAAAACUGAAUAUUAUUCUGAUAGUGGCAUGAUAUCUGAUGUGCAACAAUAAACUCUGA